AUGCUCUCCGGGUUUUCGGGGCAGGUUUCUCGACUGGAAGGGUCAGAAGAGUCGCUCAAAGGAUCAAAUCCUGGUGAAGGAGAUGACGGUGGGGGAGGGGGCCUACAGAAAGGCGGGUUGCAGAGAGGGGGGUUGCAGCCGGCUGGCGGGCUGGGAGGAGAGCGAUUGCUCUUUAAAGCCCCGGCCGAGCGAAAAUCUGUUUUGGGUCUGGACGCGCUCGCCCGAGCCAAGCGAGCAGCCGCGGGAAUCCCUGAGAAGCCGCCGGUUACUGUAGCAGCGGCCAGAUUCGCGGAAGAGGGGGAAGAUGAAGGGGAAAAGUUGACGGUUGAGGGGAAGGAAGGGGGAGGCGGGAAGUGGGUAGCGGACGUAGACGAUGGGGGAGGGGGGAGAGGGGAUGGAGAGGGAGUGGGAGGAGGGAGUGUGGGGGAGAAGAGCGGUGGAGGAGGGAGCAAGGAGAGGCGGCGGUAUCGUUCUGCGCGGAGUGAUGAUACGCCCACACACGUGUCAACGAUUACAGAACUAUCAGGCGCGUCGCCCCGGGUGCAGGAGUCACCUCGUCGGGCCUCCUCACAUGCGGACAGAGACACGCGAGGGGACACAGGUGCUGGGACAUCCGAGGCUGACGAGGCAAGCCGAGGCGCUAAACGAACGCGAGUGGAGCCUGCUGACAUGGCAAAUGGUGCUGCUGACAGGGCAGGCUCUGCUAGUUUAGUGACUAAUGGAGGAGGUGAGUGGCGUCAGUCCGGGAAGGAGGUUGUUUUGUCCAGAAUGGUGGUGAACCUCACUGACUUGUCAAGUGCUUGA